GCAGUAGAUUUCUGCAGUCGGUCUCUCUCGCGCCAAUUCCCCGCUAAGAUCACGGUAGCAGAUUUCAGCAGUCGGGCGAGGAAACUGAAGUGCAGGUGGCCCGCCUAAAAAAAAGGAACACGUUUUUGGGCCCGAAACGAAGCUGCCGCCUUUUCUUUGGCGCGGAUAUGCUCAAUGCAGCAGCUGCUUGCGCGUUUCUUUCAGUCCUGCCUGCCUAAUUGCGGCGGCCCAUUAUGAUCCCCCCGUUUUGUUCGGUCCCCUCCUCUUCUUCCUCUGACGGUAAUCAAUUAAGAUCUGCUACGGUCCUGUCGAUGGCCUUCCUUCAGACGACACUCUCUGUUCUGGCUCUCGAUUACUUGAUUAAUUAAUAAUUACUGUACUUAGUGUAAUCGACCAGAGGCGAUCGUGUUACUUUCUGAUGUGAUUGUCAUUGCGAAUCCUUAGUCCCAGUAGUUGUCGUGGAACUCCUCUCCUUUUCGGACGGAUGGUAGUAGGGGUGGGGCAGCUGGGGCUGACUCUGAAUUGGUAGAGCAGAGUAGGACCUGGUGUUCAUGCAUUGGGAUCGAAGGUGCUGCAUGUGAUGCGAACGGGAAUUUGAAGCUGUCAGUGAAUAAACACGGGAGUUGUAUUGAGACGUUCUUUUUGGGCUUGAAAGUCGAGGAGCUGUCUGCACGAAGACUGGUCAACUGUAGCAGGUGCAAAUGUAGGAGGGGUGAAGGAGCCAAACUCUAUGCAAGAUUCAUCUCUCCGAGCUUCUUUGUUUGCGCGCAAUGGCGGGAGAUUCUCGUCUGCAAGAAUGGCCGUUAAUGUCAGUCAGCGCACAGUCAACGGACUCAGAAGAUUUUAGCGUCCUCCCAUCGCGUGUUAAGCUUCGUAAAGAGUGUCUUGUCAAUGACAAGAUGCUUGUGGAGGCAGAUGGGGUGAAGAUCAAGCCUUCGGCAAAGUCAAGUCGGCCAACAGGUACUGCUUCCCUGCAACGGGCGACACCAUCUUCAAAAAUUGAAAAGAUACCCCCUCCCUCCGUGCCGGAGAGACUUCCUUGCCCUAGGUCCGCACCUCCAAUGGGGGAUGGCUACAAGACAGGAUCGGCAUCGGAGCCUGAGUCUCCGGUAAUGACAACGGUGAAGACUCCUGGGUCUACUAUCCCAGCAGAUCGUUCGUCUUCUUCCAGAGAUGCGCAACUUCUUACGAAGUCGAACGGUGUCGGCACAGUGUCAGAGCGCAUUAGUGUCUUCUCCAAGAAGGACACUUACCAAUUCCGGAAGGACAACUUCACACACAAGCGGGAUGUCUCGUCCACGUCGAAGAGAGAAAAUAGCUCGUCAACUGGCAGCAGAGAUGUUGUCCCAAUUCUGAAGAAAGACAGCCCAGCACCAAGGACAGAUGGGUGCCUAUCAGAUGGUGAUGCGGGGAGCUACACAACAGGACCGAUCCAUAGCGUUUAUGAGAAACAAGACUAUGGAGAUUUUGAGGAAGCUGAAGAAGAGACGAUCGGAGGUCGUGGAGGAGGAGGAGGAGGAGGGAGCACAAGUGUAGCGGGGGAGAGAAAUGGGGCAAAUGUUGACAGCAUCGUCACGCAGCUCGAUCGGCCGGUUAGCCGAGUGCCUCCACGGUUGACUUCGCCAGUGCUUCAACUGAAAGCACGUAUGGGCAGGUCCACGCACACUGGCUUAUGGAGCUUAAUCGGAGAGCUAAAGGACAAUCGGCUCGAAACGUUCAUCAUCCUUCUUAUGGGACUGGCCUUUUCAACAGUCACCAAGGCAUUUGCAAUCAUGGGGCAGAUCUUCAGGUUGCUUCCUUUGCCUCAGUGGUUGGAACGCAUCUGGGAGAGGGCAGAACCAAGGGGACCGCUGAUGCUGUUGACGAAUGGAAUAAAUCCAGAUUUCUCGUUGCCUGAGUCAAUCGUCCGAUGGUUCCCGGACCCUUCGACUGAGACUCCUAUCAAUGCACAAGUCAUAGCUAUGGCAGCUAAGCUUUCAUUUGAAGAGCUCGAGACAGUCCGGCAAGUGGUCACAGACAACUGGAAGAUGGAGUGGGUUAGAGGAUAUUUCUUCCAGCGGCAAGGCUUGCAGGUGUUCAUCUUUAGGUGCAGGGAUGCAUUGGUCGUCAUCUUUCGCGUUGCAGACUUGCUCAAUCCAUUGGAGUGGAUGAUCGAAGGUCAUGUUUCGAUGUACCAUUUCGAUCCUGUUUGGGACGUGCCAGCGCAGACUGACCGAUCGUCUCUCGGAUGGAUGAAUCGUGACGUUAUCAACCGCCUAAUGGAUCUGCCACGGGAAAAGAAACUGUCGUUCCUGCCACCUGCAGCACCACAAACCCUCAAAGAGCUAGGGCAAGACCUUGACGCAGUCUGGCGCACGUAUGAAAGGACACCGUACGACUUGGUGAAGAAAGAAGUGGUGGAGAUACUUCGAAUGGAUGUCCGAUGUCGACUUUUCGUGGGAGGACAUGGCAUCGGAGCCGGAUGUGCCGCAGUCUUCACCGGACUCCUCAUUGCGGAUGACAGCCAUCAGCGUCUCAUUAAGAGGAUUGGAGGCCUGUACACCUUCGGCCAACCGCGUGUAGGGUGUGGAAAGUUUGCCAACUUCCUAGAGAGGCUGAACACGAGGAAAGACGGUAUGCUGCGAUAUCUCCGGUUUGUGAACAACAACGAUGUGAUGGCCCGUAUGCCGCCGGCGACCAAGGGCAUGUAUCAGCAUGGCGGCUCGGUUGUUCACCUCGUCAAGGGUGGCGAUAUGAUGGUUCUGACAGAACAGCCAAGGCUGCAAAUGUUCAAGGUGCUGAAAGAUAAUCUGUGGACUUUCGUUGAGAGGCUGGUGGAAGUGCCUUGGUUCAUGGGUCGCGAAGGGAUAUCGCAGACCCUCUUCCGUAUGAUAUGGUGCUAUGUUCCCGCAGCCUUCUCCGACCACUUUAUGAGCGAGUAUCAGGCGACGAUCAACGAGCUUUGUGAGCCUAUUUGUCUCUGAUGGAUCAUGAUUGGACAUUAAAAAAAAGCAACGCUAUCCGCCAUGUAUAUGUCCUGGAAUCCUUCAGGGAAGUGAAUGCAGUCGACUGCAUUGCCAUCAGCUUCAGUGUCACGUUCCAGCAGCAGCACUCUCGGCUUACUUGGCCGAGGUAAGCGUCAUCUUCCAGAGUAGCAUUCUGGGCGUACUUGCCGAGUUUUAAGUGUCGUGUUCAGGGCUUCAAGCAGCGUUCUCGGCUUUAUUUGCCGAGUGAGAGUGAGUAUCAACUGACAAUCAACAGGAACUGUGGAUCUAUUUGCCGAUAGGAUAGCAGUAGCAGUAGAGAUUGCUGCAUGGCAGUACACUAUUCGGUAAGUCGAUCUGUCGAAAGGAACAGACUAUAUAGCAUCUCCGAGGGUUCUGAACUCACAGAUCAACUGUUUCAGCACCCUCAUUGUCGUGCAUUGUCGUGCAUUGUCAUGCAUUGUCGUGCAUUGUCGUGCAUACUGUGAUGUAACCAUGCGUUGACCGCGGUCGCGUUAGUUGAUUGGGUCUGUAAACACCGUGCCCAAUUAUUGGGAUGGAGCUUGUGAGAUCGGAGAUCGUGAGCCAAAGAGUGUUAAACUUUCCAGUUCUUCUAAGAGGGCCCUGCUGCCGCAGAAAAGGCGGCUGCUUCUAUGAAGAGUUUCGCUGUACGUAUUCAGCCCAUCUUCCUUGAGAGAGAGUGCAAGGAAUGAAAAAGGUAGACACGAACAUGUUUGUGACUAUCGCUAUCGCUUCCGACAUGAUGUGCUUGCUGCAUGAGAAGCGGAUGAUGCUAUGUGGCGGUCUCACUAGCAAGGUGAUGCCAUCUGAAUCUGAGUGGAUCGCGUUGAUGCGCCCCUGACUGAACAUGCGAAGACAGAAUGACUACCCUUGUCAACUCUUCACCAUCAAUCAGCUCAGUACGGGUAAGCCUACCUUCUUCACCCGAAUAGAACACCCGGUCAUUAUCGCUGCAUCUGGACCGGAAGUUGUGCCAAAUACAGCUAUAAUGACCGGGCGUUCUAUUCGGGUGAAGACGGUAGUCAAGCCUUGUUGCUGUUUCACUUCACUCCCGUAAUCCAUGUAUACUAAACAUCGCCGAGUUUCUCGUCACCAAAAGUUGUUGCAAGUUGCUGAUUAUUAAUGACAGUGAUGUCGACCACCAUAGACAUGAUUUUCUGAAGCCCAGAUGGUGCGGGGAAGCAGGCAGCAUCUCUGCUUGUGCAUGAUGCCAAGCCCUAUGUAACUGGGUUCGAGGGCAUUCAUGUCUGCACAGUGCGCGGGACUGAGGAACUGGGGCGUUUGCCAGUGCGAGUGAUGUUGGAGUGGUGGCAACACUGAACAUAGCGAGCACAUUGACUGCAGGGUAGGGUAUUGUUGUGGCCGCUUGACCAGAGCACAUGUGGGACAAUGUGGAUGGGUCACGGAUGGUUAGCUGGGUGGAUUGAUGGCGUUCGAUGAUGGCUAGCUUUGUCGAAUGCGUUGUGGAGACAAUGUUCAGGGACAGAACUUGAAUUGGAUACAAAGCUUGGGGAUUGCACAAAAAAAAAGACACUUCAAGCUGAUAUCCGAUGGCUGUAGUUGGACCAUGACUGGUUUGGCCAGCAUGAUACCGUCUAUCUAAUUUAAUGCCUAUGUUAUGAUGUGAAUUAUAUCUCAAGCACAAGCAUGCCGCUAUCAUCUCUGCUCACAGGAUGACCUUAUGUGAAAUGAAUCACCAAUUCACAU